AUGGUCGUUGAGUGGGAAAAUACUGUACCUCCGCAUCCAAAGAAAGUACUGUAUACAACAACUCCAGCCGUGACAUGGGUGGGACCGAAACCGGCUGAGUCCGGUCUUGUAAAUGUCGGCAAUACUUGCUAUGUUAAUGCAACGUUGCAGGCUUUAGUACACCUCCCUGGAUUUGUGGAGUUCCUUCAAAAUGACAAGAGCCACCGAUCCCGAUGCUACUCUCUACUUGAUUGUGUUGAGUGCGCCCUUUAUAGGACGUAUCUGAAUAUGAGCCUUCACCCAAUUUUCAAACCCCUGGGCCUAGUCAAUUUACUACCAAGAAUCCACAAAACAUUUAGGAAGGGGAAGCAGGCUGAUGCGCAGGAAUUCCUGACAUUUUUACUGAGUAGUGUUCAAGAUAGUCUUGUGGCAAGAUGCAAAACAGAACUUGACUUUUGCUCGAAGCAGACCACUGCUAUGGGGAAAAUAUUUGGCUGGUGGACUGAAUCACAUGCUUCAUGUAUUGAUUGUGAGGCGACAAAAGUGACCUACAAUCCUUUAUCUAUAAUUGCACUGCCACUGACGGUUGAAAGAGGACAUGAUACAGCAGUUUUUAGAUGUAUAGAAAGUGUACAAGAUGCUGUUAAUCAUUACAUGGAUGAGGUUGAAACUGUAGUGGUAAAAUGUACACCAAAGUGUGCAUCACAGAAAGCUUCAAAAAGUGUUUCAUUCCAUUCCUACCCAUCAGUGCUCACAAUUAUGUUCAAUAGGUUUGACAAUGAUGGGAGGAAAAUAACAUUACCAGUAAAAAUUGACAAAACCUUAAAUGUUGGGAAAGCUGUUUAUAAGUUUGCAAGUGGAAUAAUCCAUGAGGGCCCACUUUUGAUGGAGGGUCAUUACACCUGUCUCGCUGUCCGACACGAUGGAAAAUUGAUGCACUAUAAUGAUUCUGUGCCUCUGGAUGGAACGACUGACAGAGAGAGCAACAUAAAUUCAGUGCUUCACCACAGAGGAACUACUUCACCUAAGUCAACUAUUCUCUCAAUGGAAGAUGUGGGAUCGGAAGACACGGCUACUGCAAUAGUCACUCCAGUAAAAAUUCCAAUUGUACUUCAAAGGGAUAAAAAUUCACCCAUUCUUGCUCAAAGGAGAAGAAGCCUUGUUUUCAAUUCAACAGCACAUGCAAAUUCUCUGAAUCCUUCAACUACCGUUCUUAAGAAGAACAUCACAACUUCUUUACUACCAAGUACUCAAGAUGGUGGGUUAAGCCCUUCAACCUCAUCUGAAAUGACAAUGAAUGCACCUAUCACACCUCUAAAAAUUACUCGUUACCCCAGAACUGAACCUAAGUCAAGUGCAUCACAAUCAUCUCAUGAAUACGUAUUGCAUAAGGAUUUGGAUGAGGUCUUUUCUCAGUCUUCACCAAAUGUACCAAUCGCUCCCAUAAGAAUGAGUGACUCUCAAUCCAUCAAUGAAUAUGUCAUACAUCCUACACCUCCAUCUGAGAAGAAAGAAAAAAGUAAGGAAAGUCCUACAGUUGAUAACAGUGUAGAGAAUUCAGUUACCCUGACACCUAAAGACGUGCCUGGAGGCCUUCUGCCAAAGAAAAAAUUACAAAAAAAUAGAGUAUCUCAGUUAGAGAGGUGGCUUCUUGUACGUGGUAUUACCAAGGAUAAAAAGGAUAAAAAAGUUGACCUUAUUAAAAAGGUUGAAGACUGCAUUAAAAAGGGGUUGGAGAAUACCAUUGAUCCUACUGUAGAUAAUGGCAGAUGGUACACUGCGAAGCAACAAAAAUUAAGGAAACCAUUGCCAGAGGCUGAUCCUGACCUCCUAAAUAAGAUAAUCGAAGGACUGGAACCUCCUUCAGAAAAAAUUAAUCCUGUUACUCUAACAGCUGAUGAUGUCCCGGGUGGGCAUUUACCUCAUAAAAACAUAUCCCAAAACACUCUUCCUCAUUUGAGGAGGUGGCUUGAACUCCGAAAUAUUCCCCACGUUGGAGUAAAAAAAGAUCUGGUCCAAAGAUACUAG